GUCAGGAGGCCAGAGUAGCAUCUGCUGUGUCAGAAUGUCUAGUCAUUCACCUCACUUCAUCUCAUCAUGUAGGCAUUGUAUCAUCACACAUCAUCACAAGAAGAAGGAUGGAUCUGAGAACGCUGUCUGGGCUUGGUGCCAAGCGCUGGUAUUUCAUAGCAGCGGCCGCCUCACAGACGAGCCGUGGGAAGCAGGAGGGAGACUCUCUCUUAGGGUGCCACUACUAUGGAGACACAGCUGGGCUGAACAAGAUUUGCUUCAAACGACAACAAGAGAGACAGAAAGUAUCUGGUUCAACCGCUGCCCAAGCAGGCAGGCACCAGAAGAGCUAGCAGCCAAUCCGGCCAUGCUCGAAGCCAGCUCUGCGGCUCAGCCAAUCAGUGACAUCACUGACAAUUUAGAAGUAUAUGUACACACUCCAAUCCAGAGAUCAAGGAGCCGUGAAGAUAUGUUCUGCAGCUGUCUCCCUUUGAAGUUCUUUGCUCUGACACUUCAGAUAACAAUAUAACUCCGGUUUCCAGAGAACGAACAGCCUGCUCUUCAAAGAAGAGGUGAAUAUCUUACGUUGACAGGUUAACUUCAAGAAAGGUAAUCCUAAUAAAUAGAACUUGUGGAGCCAGUGUUAGGACUAAAAAAAUGCUUUUUAUUGGCUUGUUUGUUGAGACUAGGGAGAAGCAAGCAUGUUAAACGAAACUUAUUUUCUUUGUGCAAAAGUCAUUCCUGUAUGAUCUUUUAAUAUACUUUGCAGGAUUUGUAGGAAAGGAGAAGGAUUCCCUUUCUGUUUCAUACUUCAGAAGGUAAUUAAAUCACAUCUCUGAUUUGAUUAGGAAGAGAAAGCCAAAUGAAUUUUUUUUUUAAAUCAUCGAAUAUGUAAUUAAAGAAAAAAAGGGAGAGAAUUGAUUUCUUUGGUACAGAUUUAUAUUUAGUAAAAUUGGAGAAAUUAGGCAGGUUGCAACAGUUUGUUUAUAUAUUGUACCAAUUUCCUUGAAUUCAUAUAUAUGUUUUGUUCAUAUUAAAUGAUAUAAUUAAGAAGAUAGAUCUAGUGCUGCUUAUUUGUGGGGGCCAUCAGAAAUAGGGUUUCUCUUAAUGGGAUUGUUGGUUGUUUGUUUUUUUUUUUAUUGUAUCAGUGAUAUGUAGUUGUCAUUUAAUUUAAUUUAAGCAUUUGAUUUAGAUUCCAAUGUAGAUAUAAACAGCAUAUUAAAAGGAAUAGUCAUGUUUCUGCCAUUUAAUAGAGUGGUAUAUAUAUAGAUACAUAUCUACCAUAUAACCUUAAUUUCCUAGUUAUGUAAUGAUAUUUAUAACAUUUAACCUGUAAAGAUACUAUAAGGGUUAAAUGGGAUCAUUUAUGUAUAAACAUUAUUUAUGAUUUUUUAAAAAAAAUCAGCUUUAUUUUUGUGUGUGUAUAAUAAAAUACUAAAAUUUUAUGUGUACAGGUUGCUGUUUUGAAAAAUCCAUACAGUCAUAAAACCAUCACCAUAGUCAUGAUAGAGAACAUUUCCUUCACCUCCAAAAGUUCCCUUGUGUUCCUUUGUAGCCAGCAGCCUCCACUCAUCUUCACUUCUUUCAACCAUUGAUUUACAUUCUGUAUUACAGUUUUGCAUUUUCUGGAAUUUCAUAUAAAUGGAAUCAUACAGUAUAUAGUAAUUUAUAUCUGGCUUUUAAAACUCAACAUAGUGCUUUUGAGACCAUCCACAUCAUUGAGGGUACCAAUAGUUCAUUCCUAAUUAUUGUCAGGCUGUAUUCUAUAUUAAAUGAAUAUACCAUCAUUUGAUUGACAUUUGGAUUAUUUCCAGUUUGGGGCAAUUAAAAAUAAAGCU